AUGGUUCGUCGUGUAGUCGCAGUGAAGCCAAUAAUGGACAAUGUUCGGCAGAUACAAACUUCUAUCCGCCGCGUCGUAGAAGAACCCUUCCAUCCAAAGACUAAUGUCGAGAAAGCUCUUUUGGGAGAAAUUGAGGUAUGCAGAGCACUUAUUUGGCAAUGCGUUGGCGGACAAGAAGUAAAUCGUCAAGACUCGCCACCCACUUGCACCAACGACAAACAUUCAAAAGGGAUUCCUCUCCCAAACAGCGAUAGAAUCUCGAACAGUUCUGAAACAAAGCAGCAGCCCAACUGCGUAGAAAUUGAGUUCCAGGUGAAUGCCAUGAAAGUUGCGGAACUCAGAAAGGAAUUGAAACGCCGAGAUUUGGAAACGAAUGGGUUGAAGAAGCAGCUUCAAGCUCGACUACGGGAGGCAAUGGCCACGGAGAACACUACCCAACGAGCAGGAAGUGUCCCGCAUCAUCCUGAUUGUACAAGUUCUAAACAGCCCAUUGGAGCUGAAAAGUCGGAAGCCUCAGUCGCUCAGCAGGGAAAUAUAAAGGGAAGCAAGGAAUCCUGCCAACUGAGCGAUGGUAACGACAAUUUCACUGAAAUGAGAAAAGUCAGUGAUCAGCAGAAAACCGGAAGUUUGAAGUCUUCCGUCAAUUCAUCACAGAGCUCACAUGAGGCGAAAGUCAGUUCUGAUGAAGUUCAAGGUAUGGUGGGCAGUGAAGGUGUAGAAGAAGAAAAGUGGUCAACCAAUUCAACGUCUCCGAAGCAGACGCUUGAAGGGGAGGGUGCAUCAAAUAUCAAGCAGUAUUGGAAGAAGUUAUCCAAGCCAGCGAAUGCUUCCACUGUUACUUCUCCAAUCAAGGUGGCUAUGAUGACCCAUUCCGAAUCAAAAAAGAAGAAAUCGCCCAUUAGAAUGGUCGUCAAGACGGUUCAAAAGGUAUUGCCGGCUGCAAAUGAUGACCCUGUGCAGGAUAUUGUAAUCUCAGAUAUUGUAAUCUCAGCAAGCAACAGCGACUUGACAGAUGACGACUUCGAUGGCCCAAUCUCGGAGUUUAGUGAAACAUCAGCACCUCUAGUACCAGUUCAGAUUUCAAAAGCAGGCAGUGUGAGAGAUUUGGUAUCCAAAAUUCAAAAGAGCACAUCUUCUGCCUCUAACACUACUGGAGGGGUUGAGGGAAGUGGAUCUGCUUUGUCAAAAAAUCUUCAAGCGAAGAAGGAAGCCCGGCUUGCAAGAAUGGCAGAAAUCCGUGGAAAGAGCAAGCCUGUGAUGACAUCAAAACAUGUCCUGGCACCAAAAGAGUAUGCAUCAACUCUUUCUUCCUUGAAUGCAGUUUCUGCGCCUGUAGGUUUGAAGAAAAACAAUCUUGCAGCUCAGAUGAGAGAGAAGGCUGCCACUAUGCGGAAAGAGAAUGUGUUGUCGGGUGUAAAUGACGUUUUCACAUCAACCACCGAAUCAGGAAAGCGUGAUCUACAAUCCUCGGCAGACAGUUCGGACGAUCAGAAAAAUCUUGUAGUAUCCAUGUCAAUGCAGGGAUUUUUAAAGAAGCAAAAGGUGGCGUCACCGAUGAGUACAUACGAAAUAUCUGAUCGGGAAAAGAGCGAUAGUGAUACCAGUGAUAGCGAGGCGGGAAAUGAAAAGCAAAAGAAGAAAAUUCCUGUUUGGGCACAAAAGGCCAAUCUUUUGCUGGCUUUGGAGGAGCAAUAUAAUGGUUGCGUUGGUGGUCUAAGAGUGGACCCAGAUGAAAUGUUUCCAGAAGUGCAAACCUGUGAUCUAGAAGCAAUCUUUGGCGGCAAGAAGUCGCGUUACACUCUGCGAACGAGUUCCGGAAAUUGGACCCGAGACAAGGUAACAACUGCUGAAAAGUUGGUCUACAAGCGAACAAUGGGUUUCACAUUGCAGGUAUAA